AUGGGACUCGAACAGCAAUCCGAUGUGCUAGGAAAAUGGUAUUAUGCAGCGGAGCGCACGUCGGACAACGGUGACCGUCUGGUCGACUUGUGCGAACAGACGGGCCUCAUCCUCGCUUUUACGUUUAAGAGGAAUCAUCGACGCCAUCAGCUCACGUGCCGGGUGUCAACCCUUCUAACGUCUGAAGAGCAGCGUAAGCGGAAGAUGAGGACUCUUAAGCUUCACCUCAACUACGUUCUGGCGAGGAACAUUCCUCAGUCCGAUAUCCGAAAAUCUAGAGCUGUUUGGGACGUCGCGUUCGACUUUGACCACCGGAAGCUGCGUCGUCAACUGCAACAAGACCGCGAUAACAAGUGGACGUCAAGAGCGAUGGAAUUUGAAAAGGCGUUGGAAGACAAGAACCUGCGGAAAGCCUACGCUUUACUAAAACAGUACAGCGGCAAAAUUAAAAGGGGACACUUGAAGACCUUGCUGAACCAGCAAGCACCGUCAGCUCCUGAAUUCGAGGACGUUCAUAGGCCGACAUAUGCGGUUAACGAGGAGCCACCGACCGAGUCGGAGGUUCUAGUCUGUAUUCAAAAAAAAGAAAAUGGGAAAUCUGGUGGAGACGACGGGAUUAGCUCAGAAAUGCUGAAAUAUCUUCCUCUGUCUGGGAUUCGUGAGACGACAAAGAUCAUCUGCUCAAUAUGGAUAGACGAAAGGAUACCUGACAUUCGUGUAGACACGCCAUCAUAA